AUGGUAAAAUAUCUCUUUUCACGCUUUCUUUUUCUUUCUUUCUUUCUUUCUUUCUUUCUUUCUUUCAGUUUCUCCCAUUCCACUUUUUCGCAUUCUCUUUUUUCUCUUUUCAAUUUUCUCUCUCUCUCUCUCUCUCUCUCUCUCUCUCUCUCUCUCUCUCUCUCUCUCUCUCUCUCUCAUACUGGCUCUAAUGAAAUCGAUUCAUUUCUUUCUUCCACCACUAAUCUUUCUCUCUUUCUGUCUCUUUUAUGCUUUCUCUCCAUUACUUUCUCUCACUUUCUCUCACUUUCUCUCUUUUACAUUCUCUUCCAACUUCCAAUUUCUCUUAUUUAUUCCUCUCUCUCUCUCUCUCUCUCUCUCUCUCUCUCUCUUUCUUUCUUUCUUUCUGGUUCAGUCCUCUCAUACACUCACUUUUUACUCUCUCUCUCUCUUUCUCACUCUUUCUCAUACUCUUUCUGUUUCUAUCAUAUUUUCCUUUACCACUUUAUGAAUCUUACUCUGCUCAUAUCUUUGUCUGAGACUAUUCAUAUGUUUAUGUCACCACUGUCUGAGCUUGUUCAUAUCCGUGUCUGUCUGUUUAUCUGUCUGAACAUAUUCAUGUUUGUCAGUCUAACUGCCGGAAUAUGUCUGUCCACUUUUAUGUGUAUAUCAGUUUUCUUAUCUGCUCCUGUGUGUUUUUCUUUCUUUCCAUUAUUUUUUUCUCGCAGGAAUCUUGUUCUCAUUUUAUUUCUAUCUACCCACAACUCUUCCUCACAUAAACCAUUGAAUCUUAAGCCUUCACUAUUUUCCAAUAUUUUUCUCGCUCAUUUGUCUGCCUGCUCCCCUCACUCUCUCUCACUCCUGCUCUAUCUCUCUCUCUCUCUCUCUCUCUCUCUCUCUCUCUCUCAGAUCCUAUUUAUCUCAGAUGAUUCAAAUCUCAAUUUUCUGAUUUUCAAUCUCUCUCUCUCUCUCUCUCUCUCUCUCUCUCUCUCUCACUCUCUUUCUUUCUUUCUUUCUCUGUGUAUUAAUGUGUGUGAGAGAGAGAGAGCACGCUCGUAUUUGCUUGUAUUCAUUCAUUUCUUCUUCUUUUUGGCCAACAUAUAUCAAUUUUCACCCAUUUUCUUUUUCCAUCUUUGUAUUCGACCACAAUUUUCUUCGUUGUUUUCUUUUUCUUCCCCCUUUUCUUUCUCUUCGUCGUUUUCUUUUUCUUCACUCUUUCCUUUUCUUCACUCUUUCCUUUUCUUCACUCUUAUUUUCUUCAACCUUUUCUUUUUUCACCGUUUUUCUUUUCUUCCUCUCUUCUUUUCUUUCAUCGUUUUCUUAUUCAUAAGCUUUUUCUUCUUCGCUUUCUUUUUCUUCACCCUUUUCUUUUCUUCGCCAUUUUCUCUUUCUUCGUCUUUUUUCCUCUUUUAA